AUGCCGUUCUUGAACAACUACACGGACAGACCCCCUCAUCCUCGUCCUUUCAUGACAACCUCGUUAGCGAAUCAAAUGGAGGACGUCAGACAAACCACCACCCCGUCUCAAGCCCCCUCUCCGUUCAUUCAGACCCGACCACAGGAACAAGAGCACACCGAGAUAGUGGUGGACAAUGCGGACCUAGAUAUGUGGUUGAACCUAUUCAACAACCAAUUCUUCAUGUUCGCUCGAGCUCAGGAGACUUCGAACGUCAGGGACAUGCGGUUCAUUCUAACUCAAGCUGCCAAGACCCAAGACAGGAUCCUCGAGAUAGUGGAAAGAGAAGAAACAAUCCGUCUCAGAGAACUGGCACCCGAGAGAAGAACUAGCUCUGUUUAUGACAGGUUGUCUCUGCCAUAG